UCGAUAUGAAUCUUCUAGCUCCACAUUUAGCUAGCGUUCGCGUUCCACGUGGUGGAAACCGCGUGUACAAAGAUGAGUGUGCGUUUAGCUUUGAUACUCCUGAGAGUGAUGAUGGGCUGUUUGUUUGUCUCAGUACUUUUCUCGGGUUUUGUCGAGAAUUUGUGGAAUUACAUUUUCAGAAGACAGGCUAUGCCCUUUUCCUUAAUAUCAAAAGGAGGAAGAAGGAAAUUGAGAAGAGGGAGGUUGAGGACAAGAAAACAGAUGAUGCACCUCCAAAUAAGAAGCCAACGAAAAUGGCACUUGGUGUUGAAGGUGGUUUUGACUUGGAUGAAGAACCUCCAGUUGAGUAUGAAGAAAACUAUUGUCUUGUCGUAUUGCCUUCAUUCACUACCAUACCACUUCCUUGUCCAGAACUACCACUAAAGAUUCAAGAGUCGAUUGCUGGUGUUAUUGCUGCCGAGGCUGCAUCACGACAAGAAGCUGUUGCUGCAUGGGAAGGAGAAGUCAAAUUCAUCUCCAAACACGCGGAGAAUCUUAAACAACUAGACAAUGGAGUGAAAAUACCACCAAGUGGCUGGAAAUGCGAGAAAUGCAAUUUGGUCAACAACCUGUGGCUUAAUCUCACAGAUGGCUCCAUUCUCUGUGGACGUCGGUACUAUGAUGGUUCUGGUGGUAAUAACCAUGCUGUUGAGCAGUAUGAAUGUACACGAUAUCCGUUGGCUGUCAAGUUAGGGACGAUCACAGCUGAUGGAGCAGAUGUUUACUCGUACGACGAGGAUGCUAUGGUUGAGGAUCCGCUGCUGGCUCAGCAUCUCGCUCAUUUUGGCAUUAAUCGCAUGCUCCUCACUAAAACUGACAAAACAAUGGAAGAGCUAGAAGUAGAUGCAAACCUCAAGUUCCAGUUUGAUGCCAUUCAGGAAUCAGGUCUUAACUUGCAACCAAUGUUUGGUGGUGGUUACACUGGAUUGAGGAACUUGGGCAACACGUGUUACCUUAACUCAGUUGUGCAGAUGCUCUUCACUCUGCCAGACUUCCAGAGGAGAUUUUUUGAACCAGCAAGGCUUAUCUUUGAGUCUGCACCAAGAGAUCCAACUCAAGACUUUCAUACUCAAAUGGCCAAGCUAGGAGUUGGCUUAUUAUCAGGAAAAUAUUCGCAUCAAGCAACAGAUGCAGACAAGUCUUCUGAAGGAGAGAAAAAAGACGACAAGAAAUCAAGAAGUCAAGCUGGUAUACCUCCAUCGAUGUUCAAAGCUCUUGUUGGUCGAGGUCAUCCUGAGUUUAGCACAAACAGGCAACAAGAUGCUCAAGAGUUUCUCUUACAUCUUCUCAAUAUGGUCGAUAGAUCUGAGAGAGGCACACCGGGUUCGGUCAAUCCAAUUGACUGCCUCAAAUUCAAGGUAGAGGAACGUGUUCAGUGCUUGGGGUCAGGCUGUGUUCGAUAUUCACAAAGGACAGACACAUUAUGGGCUCUCCCAGUUCCUCUUGAGGAAGCAGUUAACAUUGAAGCCGUUGCAGCAUGGGAAAAGAAAAAGAAGGAAAUGGAAGAGAAAAAGGAAAAGAUUAAGGCGGAUGAUGUUGUUCGGCCGGUCAUUCGUAUGGCUUCGUGUAUUGCCGCAUUUGCGAGUCCAGAGGCGAUUGAUGAUUUUUAUAGCACGGCAUUGCAGACGAAUUUGACAGCUCAUAAAACCACACGGUUUGUAACGUUUCCGGAUUAUUUGGUGGUUCAAAUGAAAAAAUUCUCGUUAAGUGAUGAUUGGACGCCGAAGAAGUUAGAUGUUGUAAUCGACGUGCCAUUUGAAUUGGACAUUUCAUCACUCAGAGCCACAGGACUUCAACCAGGAGAGAAAGAACUUCCAGAACAGACACCACAGCAACUACAACCUCAACAACCUCAAAUUGAUGAGUCACUCGUCCAGCAGUUGGCUGACAUGGGAUUUGCUCACGAGGGUUGUCGUAAGGCUGUGUAUCAUACACAUAAUUCAGGAGUUGAGGCUGCGAUGGCAUGGAUUCUUGAACACAUGGAAGAUGCAGAUUUUUCUGAUCCAUUGUUGUUGGGCCCACAGAGUAGCUCUACUGCCAGCGGUGAAGCUACGUUCAGUGACGAUUCUAUUAUGAUGCUCACAUCUAUGGGAUUUACUCAAGAGCAAGCACAGCUUGGAUUAAAAUCAACUGGUGGGAGCUUGGAAAGAGCUGCCGACUGGCUGUUUAGUCACGCAGAUGAAUUAGACAAAUUGUUAAGUGACAGCCAAUCAGAUGACAGCAAACCUUCAGAGCAACAGCUACGAGAUGGAUGUGGAAAAUAUCGACUUAGAGCAUUCAUCAGUCACAUGGGAUCGUCGCCCAUGACUGGUCACUAUGUUGUUCACAUUCUCAAGGAAGAACGGUGGGUCAUCUUCAACGACCGCAAGGUAGCGCUGUCGGAACGACUGCCGAAAGACCUCGCCUAUCUCUAUCUGUUCGAGCGGAUCGGCGUGUAGCGACUAGAAAGCGCGAUAAUUUACAAAAUCGGAUGUUGAUGACGUUACUAUAGUUACAUUCAAAUUUCGCGGCUUUCAGUGAAACAGACAACAAAUAAACAUUCGGAUCAGA